AUUAUUAUAUGGAUACAAAAAGAAACGAGCUUCGGGUUUUCUUGUGAAAAAUAUCGACUUUCUGUGUGCAAUUUGGUGUGAAAAGUCUCUUCUGUAUUUUCUUUGAUAAGAACUAUGGACGCUUUUGCUUCUUUCUUCGAUUCCCAGACUGGUUGCAGAAACCGAUGGAGUUACGACUCGCUCAAGAAUUUGGGUCACAUCUCUCCGCACGUCCAGGCCCAUCUCAAACGGGUUUAUCUUACAUUAUGUUGCACUCUGGUCGCUGCUGCCGUUGGGUCUUACCUUCAUAUUCUUUGGAACAUCGGUGGCAUGCUGACAACUCUUGCCAGCAUAGGAUGUAUUUUCUGGGUGCUCGCCAUUCCUCCUUAUGAAGAGCAAAAGAGGGUUGGAAUAUUGAUGGCGUCUUCUGUUUUCCAAGGAGCUUCUAUUGGUCCGUUGAUUGAUCUAGCCAUCCAGAUUGACCAAAGUAUUCUUGUCAGCGCGUUUGUGGGUACUGCACUGGCAUUUGCUUGUUUCUCAGGAGCAGCUGUGUUGGCAAAACGUAGAGAAUACCUUUAUCUCGGUGGCUUGCUCUCUUCUGGUGUGUCCAUGCUUCUCUGGUUGCAUUUCGCAUCUUCCAUCUUCGGAGGAUCUGCAGCCAUUUUUAAGUUUGAGUUGUAUUUUGGUCUUUUGGUGUUUGUGGGCUACAUGGUAGUGGACACUCAGGACAUCAUUGAGAAGGCGCACAUGGGUGAUAUGGACUAUGUCAAGCAUGCCUUGACCCUUUUCACCGACUUCGUUGCUGUCUUUGUUCGAAUUCUUAUCAUCAUGUUGAAGAACUCAUCCGAUAAGAAUGAGAAGAAGAAGAAGAGAAGAGAUUAGAUUUUAGAUUAUACUUGGGUGUAAGCAGCCUUAACGGAUCUUAUGUGUAUAACUUUUAUUUUUCUUCUCUUUAAUCUGAGAAAACAGAAACUGCAGGAACAAGAAAAAUAUUGUAAACACUUGGACCAUGUACUAUUUUUUGUUUUGUUUUGCUAAUGUUUUUACGUGUGGAUGUAAAUCUGAAAUAAUGACACUUGUUUCUUUGCUCAA